CUCUCACCCUUUUCUUCUUCUUCUUCUUCUUCUUUCUGUUAGAAAAAAAUAUUUCGAAAGCGCUCCUGUUAGCCUAAUUCUCUUACAUUAAAGAAAGGAAAAACCACACAUAGGUGCCACAUAAAUGAUCCCUAGCUAUACGAGAGAGACAUCUUUAUGUUUGCUUAUAAAAUCUUAGUUACGCCCUCCUCUUUCCAUGUUAUAGCUUGUAUGUCUCUCCCAGCUCCUUCACCCUCUCCCUCUCCCUCUCUCUAACUCUUUGUGUAUAAAUUUAUACACGAAUGCCUUCUUUUUCUUCAACAACUUCUCUUUAACAUAGUCAGGGUCAUCAAAGAAAAAUGAUCAUGAUUAUCAUGGGGUUGGCUAGUUUGUUCAUAGUUCAUGUCAAUGGAGAGAAUUCUCUUUCAUUUGAUCAUCAAAAACUCUCUACUGAUGGUCACUAUGAUGACCAAAUGCAAAAUAUGAAAGCUUUUAAGCACUCUUUGCUAACUCGUCGACAAUUGGUCACUCCCACAAUCUCUUCCUCUCCAGCUCCGGCACCACAGGCUAUGAAUCAGCCACCUGGGUCUCGUCCACAUGUAUAUGAGGUUACAUCAUACGGUGCAGAUCCAACAGGGAAAUUAGACAGUACAGAAGCCCUUCUAAAAGCUAUAACAGAUGCAUUUAAUGGUCCCAGUGAAGGGUUCUUGAUGAAGGGAAUCGCCAAUCUUGGAGGGGCUUACAUUAAUCUUCAAGGUGGUAAUUACAGGAUCAGCAAACCUCUGCGAUUGCCGGCUGCUGGAGCUGGAAACCUUAUGAUUAGUGGAGGGACAUUAACAGCCUCAAAUGACUUCCCAACAGAUGGAUAUCUUAUUGAUCUAUCUGCUUCGUCGUCGUCGUCGUCGUCGUCAUCCUAUAACUAUGAGUAUAUAACUAUCAAAGACCUCAUGCUGGACUGCAAUUAUAGGGGUGGAGGCAUUUCAGUUAUAAACUCACUCAGGACCAGCAUAGAUAAUUGUUAUAUUGCACGUUUCAAUACUGAAGGGAUUUCAGUCCAAGAUGGCCAUGAAACCUAUAUCCGCAACUCCUUCCUUGGCCAGCACAUUACCGCAGGUGGUGAUCCGGGGGAAAGAAACUUUUCAGGCACUGCAAUUAACCUAAUGGGAAAUGAUAAUGCUGUCACAGAUGUGGUCAUUUUCUCAGCUGCUAUAGGAGUAAUGAUUUCAGGUCAGGCGAACACACUAUCUGGUGUACAUUGUUAUAAUAAGGCAACAGGUUUUGGAGGUACGGGGAUUUAUUUGAAGCUGCCUAGUUUGACACAGACCCGGAUUGUGAAUUGUUACUUGGAUUACUCCGGCAUUGUUGCUGAGGACCCAGUGCAGCUAACGAUCUCUAGCAGUUUUUUCCUUGGAGAUGCAUAUAUCCUAUUUAAAUCAGUUGAAGGUUUGGCAAAGGGAAUCAACAUUGUCGAUAACAUGUUUUCUGGAUCUAAUAAGGGGAUCGAGAUUGUUCAGUUGGACCAAUCAAAAGGGCCUUUUAAGCAAAUUGACCAAGUUGUGGUGGACAGGAAUAAUGUCAACGGGAUGAAUCUGAAGGCAACAGUUGCAAAAGGCUCUGUGCAAGGGAAUGGCACUUCAUGGACUAUAGACUUUAGUCCAGUGCUCUUGUUUCCUAACCUUAUUGAUCAUGUACAAUACUCAGUAAGUUCAAGUGGCACAUUGUUUCCUAGCCAUGCUUUAAGGAAUGUUUCAGAAAACCGUGUAGUGAUUGAGUCUGAUGUCGCCGUGCCUGCAAGCGUUUUCGUCACAGUGGAUCAGGGAGUAUCAAGUUGAAGCUGACUUAUUUUUUGAGUUUACAGCCAUCUGAAUGGACAAUUGUGAAUAGGAGAGCAGCUUGACCCUUGUUCACAAAUUGAACAAGUUUCUGUCAAAUUCCAUCCUGAAUAUAUUGUAAUACUCAAACUCAUAGACUAUAACACGACAAUGGCAGGAUUUAUGUUCUCAUCCUGGUUUCUGCAA